UCACGAAGUCCAGACAAAGCAAGGAACAAAGCAAAGAGGACAUCACUAUCGAUCCAGUCCAUCAGCCUUGUCCUCAAUCAAACAAAACAAAGAAACGGAACCAUGCCUCUCGGAAUCCCAGGCUUCCGCAGCACCAAGAAGACGCAACAGGACAUCUUCAGACGACAGUCUGCCUGCAGCUCCAGCUCCAUCUCUACAAGGCCAAGCACCGACUACACAUCGAGUGUUAAAGACCGGGCAUCCUUUCAAUCAGCACAGACACUCGUUCAGAAAGAAGAAGUGGCACCCAAGAAGGCUCCUAUGGAUUCUCUGCUGCACUCGAUGAACCAAAUGGCAACUCGGAUAUGACUAGCCCCAGGCUGCACCAUGAGUCGAUCAGUACGCACGAGAUUGUCGAGGCGUACACUCGUCGUUCGGUCUACGAGGGUAUACGACAUGAAGACACGAGCCAUGUUGAAAUGCCACGGGUCAUAUGGAUGGACGGCAUUACUUUGUUUAUGUCCAGUGUAUGUAAGCUAUUGCCAUAGUAAUGAAUAAUCUAUAAUGCCUGAAGAUCCGAU